AUGGUGGCCGCAAAGAAGAUAAAAAAGUCGCUGGAGUCAAUCAACUCUAGGCUUCAACUGGUUAUGAAAAGUGGGAAGUACGUGCUGGGGUACAAGCAGACUCUGAAGAUGAUUAGACAAGGCAAAGGGAAACUGAUCAUCCUCGCCAACAACGGUCCAGCCUUGAGGAAAUCUGAAAUAGAGUACUAUGCCAUGUUGGCCAAGACUGGUGUCCAUCACUACAGUGGCAAUAAUAUUGAAUUGGGAACAGCAUGUGGAAAAUACUGCAGAGUAUGUACACUGGCUGUCAUUGACCCAGGUGAUUCUGAUAUCAUUAAAAGCAUGCCAGAACAGACUGGUGAAAAGUAAAUCAUGCCAAAUUUUCUUUAAUAAAACUGGCCAGAGCUUGGUUUAAAA